UCUGCCUAGUUCUUUGUAUACAUUAUUAAAGUUCUCCAUUGUUUUUUUUAACCACUAGUUCCCAAAGACCAACCUCCACCAAAUAAGAUAAACCAAAUUCUCUGGAGUUAAGCCUCUAAAUCUGAUCUAAGCCCUCCUAACCCCCAUACAUAAAUAAAUCUCAAGUGGUAAACACUUCCUCCGUCCCUUCCCGUCUCUCCCUUCAUCCACCCCCAAAAUUCAAGUCUAUAUAAGAGAAUAGGAGAGUCUAGGUGGACAUAAAAAUAGGAAAUAAACCUUGCAGUGGCCAUGGAGGAAGCAGGAGAUCUCGAGAUCUCCGGCGUCGGCUCCAACUCCACCAUCAACGAUGACGGCGGCUGCGCAUGGACCGAUUGGUCCCCAGUCAUCGACUGGGGGCCUCUCUCCGCCGAUGAUGACUUCCGGGGCCUCGUCGAGGCCAUGAUGUGCGACGACAAUGACGACGUCGCCCACGCCGGUGUAACCCGCAUGGCCUAUGAUCCAUACUGGAAUUCUAACCCGAGCAGCACCACCACCAGCACCGGCACGCCGCCGGCAGAGGAACCUAGUAGCAGCGAUGGUGGCGGCGGCGGCAAUGAUGACAAGGGGCUGCGGCUGGUGCAUCUAUUGGUGGCGGCGGCAGAGGCACUGGCCGGCCCCUACAAGAGCCGGGAACUGGCCCGGGUGAUAUUGGUUCGGCUCAAGGAGUUGGUGUCCCCGGCAGGCGGCGCCGCCGGUUGCGGUGGAGGGACUAGCAUGGAGCGACUCGCCGCGUACUUCACCAAUGCCCUCCAGGGCCUGCUUGACGGCUCCUCCGCCACAGCCUGCAGCCGGCAAUCAGCGUCGCACCUCGAUGGCCAAGUCGGGGAUGUACUGGCUGCAUUUCAGCUGCUCCAGGACAUGUCCCCCUACGAGAAAUUCGGCCACUUCACCGCCAACCAGGCGAUCCUGGAGGCGGUGGCCCGCUACCGGCGAGUCCACAUCGUUGACUACGACAUCGCCGAGGGCGUCCAGUGGGCAUCGCUCAUGCAGGCGCUCGUCUCCCGGAAGGACGGUCCCCCACCGCCGCACCUGCGUAUCACCGCCGUCACGCAGCGUGGCAGCGGGACGCGGGCGGUGCAGGAGACCGGGCGGCGGCUGGCGGCAUUUGCGGCAUCUCUCGGACAGCCCUUCUCCUUCGGGCAGUGCCGGCUGGAGGCCGACGAGCGGUUCCGGCCGGCGGGGGUGAAAGUGGUGAAGGGAGAAACAGUGGUCCUAAACUGCGUGCUGCAGCCGCCGCAUGCGGCGGGGGCGGCAACAACUCGGGGGGCGGGGUCGGUGGCGUCGUUCCUGUCGGGGGCGGCGACUCUGGGGGCGAGGGUGGUGGCGGUGGUGGAGGAGGAAGGUGUGGCGGAGGACGGGAACUUUGUGGGGAGGUUCAUGGGCGAGUUGCACCGGUACUCGGCGGUGUGGGACUCGCUGGAGGCCGGGUUUCCGAUGCAAGGCCGGGCUAGGGGUCUCGUCGAGAGGUUGAUACUGGGGCCGAGGAUCGCCGGAGCCGUGAGGAGGGCUUACAGAGCUACUGGAGAAGGAGGGUGGGGGGAGUGGAUGGCAAGGAUGGGGUUUGGAAGGGUUGGUAUCAGUUGUUUCAACCACUGCCAAGCCAGGCUGUUGCUGGGGCUCUUCAGUGACGGAUACCAGGUGGAGGAGGACGGGCCUAACAAGCUGGUGUUGGGGUGGAAGUCUCGGAGGCUCACCUCAGCCUCCAUUUGGUCACCUCCUCCUCCUGCACCAGCUUCUGUACCUCCUGCCAAUAUUGGAGUUAGCAGCAGCAUGGAGGAUUCUGAUUUCUUGCUGGAUUGAUUACUUCUCCACUUUCUUUCUUGCAAUUGGUUUGUUCUGGUAUCAUGGAUUUCCUCUCGUUUUCCUUGCCCGUCACUGCGUCACUGUAUUGAUUGGUGUCCUUUUUUUAUGUUCCUAUUUUUUUCGGAAAAGGGUUUUUUUA